CAAGCCUCAGUAUCAUUCCGGCAGUCGUGUGGGGAGUACACGCAGCGCUCCCUCUCCGUUACCUGGCAACGUGAUGGCUUUGCCCCCGCGUGUGGCUUAACCCAGGUGACCCGCGCCCUCUACCUCUCUAGCCAGGUGGCGCCAGGUGCCCCCCACCCCUGGCACAUGCUGCCCACGAGGGUCACGGUGAAAUAGGCAAAUUUUCAAGAAUGACCUCGCUUACUUUGGAGGGCGUGGCCACCUUCCUGACCUUGCUGGCGGUGGUGGGCGGAGCUUACCAGGGCACGCCGUCUUACUAUUGGUCCAGGUCAAAGGUCGGCACAGCACACGUCUCUCGUCGCGCUCACAUUGGCCCGCUGCCCCACGUCAAUGAGGUCAUGACGGAGUGGUCACCGUGGGGCGCGUGGGCGAGGUGCUCCAGGUCUUGCAGGGGCGGCGUGAGGUCAAGAGUGAGGACGUGUGUGACAAAAUUUCCCAGGGUAAUGCCAGGCUCCGGGAUACGAACGAGUCACGACCACUGUUCAGGCGACAGCAAACAGUAUGACGUGUGCGGGUCUCGGCCUUGCGUCAUGGAGGAGGUGGCGGGGCUGUCCUUCCGUGGCGCGCAGUGCAGACGGUACAAUAACAGGCGUGUCUUUGGACGUCUUGUCAAUAAUUGGGUGCCAUAUGUACAAGAAGACAUGAACCCGUGCUCGCUGGUGUGUGAGGGCGAGGAGGGCAUCGUAUACACCUUCGGGAAAGUCACGGACGGCACACACUGCAAGAUACGGGAUAAGGGACGAGAUGGACUGUGUGUGAAUGGCCGCUGCUUGCCCCUCUCCUGUGACGGGCGCCUUGGAGGGACAGCCAGGGAGGACAUGUGCCGUGUUUGCGCGGGGAGAAAUGAUACGUGCGUUCAUCAUGUGGGCGUCUUCCACACUGAUCUUCCCUACCCUGACCUCGCCCACCCUCCGCCGCCUCUCCAGCCCACACAAGGAAAUAUGGUUCACCGCCCGUCGCCGCCGCCGCCACCACCGCCGCCUCCUCCUCCUGCCUCUCCCUCAGUACCUAGACAGAGAAGAAGGCUUGGUUAUUACGAGGUCACCAAACUCCCGCCAGGUGCAACAAACAUACGGGUUCGAGACAAGUCGCCAAAUUUCCUAGCGCUGAAGUCAGGCGGCAAAUUUCUGCUGAACGGCGACUGGCUGAUAGACUGGCCCGGGGAGGUGGAGGCGGGGGGGUCCUCCUUCACCUACACACGGGACGAGGACGACUCCGAGACCCUGACAGCCCUGGGACCCACCACCGAGGCACUCACCCUCAUGGUACUGCUGCGAGAACACAACCCAGGAAUAUUUUACGAGUACUGGAUACCCACCACUACCACCACCACCACUACCACUACCACCACCACCACUACCACCGCCACCACCACUACUACUCCUCCACCACGACCAGAGUCCCUGAUGCUGUUACCUGCUACUACUACCACCACUUCUAUUACCGCUAACACCACCACACGCCGCCACCACCACCACCACCACCACAAUCACCACAGACCGCAAAAUUCCUUAAUAAAAUCAGGAAGGGAGAGAAGCUUGAAUGAAACAAGAGGAGGAGGAGGAGGAGGAGGAGGAGGAGGAGGAGGAGGAGGAGGAGGGAAGAGUGGAGGUCACCCAAUGCUCUUAAUUUGUAUGAAUGGAAGAAAGGAGGAGGAGGAGGAAGAGGAGGUUGGGACGCAAAGAGGAAAUCUUCUCUUCUUAAUAGACAAGAGAAUGAGUCACAUAAACUGCACAGGAAGAGUAAAGGAAGAGGAGGAGGAGGAGGAGGAGGAGGAAAUUAUGUCAAGGAAAGAUGAUAGAUACGAGAGGGGAAGAGGAGAGGAGAAGAAGAACAAGAAGAAGAGGCGGAAGGAUAAGAAGAAAAAGAAGAGGAAGAAGAAGAAGAGGAAGGAGAAGGAAGAAGGGGAAGAGGAAGAGGAGGAAGAGGAGGGGGGAAGAUGUCCUCCGUGUAGGAAAGGAAGAAAGAAAACAAGAGAAAUAUUUUGUGUCAGUGAUUUUGUGUCCCGCGUGGAGGUGCUGGGCGAGGACGCAGUGUCUGGACAGAGGCGAUAUGAAGUCCUCAUGCACCAAUCUUACAAAAACACGGUACCUCUCCUACACAAAGAAUUCCUGUGGGUACCUGAGUCCUGCCGGUGUCCUCGCCUGCGCCGCGGCCUCACCUACAUCGUUAUGGGCGCCACGGAGUCCCUAGGAAGCCGGGAGCUGCGUCUGGUCCUUGGGCGUGACAGUAUCGUCAGGAGAUUUAAGCCAAAAUACCUAGCCAGGAUUUUAAGAGUCCGCCACAAUGAAAUGAGAUCCUGUAGACCUUGGCGGAGAGAUCUGAGGCUGCAGGACUUCUCUCAGGGGUCCUCCGUGGUCUCUUCACCCCCGCCAGCAGUGGUAGGAGGCGUUAGUAGCAGUAGUAGUGGUGGUGGUAGUGGUGGUGGUGAUAGUGUUCCGGUGGGGAGUAGUACUGUGGUGAAGAGCUAAAGGUUGGUUUUGUUGGUGUGUUUGUCUGUCUUUGUUAUCUCUCUCUCUCUCUCUCUCUCUCUCUCUCUCUCUCUCUCUCUCUCUCUCUCUCUCUCUCUCUCUCUCUCUCUCUCUCUCUCUCUCAAGGGAAGAAAGAGAUUGAGAGAGUGAGAAGAAGAGAUUUAGAAAAGAUGGACAAGUUAAAUCUCUCUUUCUCUCUUCUCUCUCUCUCUCUCUCUCUCUCUCUCUCUCUCUCUCUCUCUCUCUCUCUCUCUCUCUCUCUCUCUCUCUCUCUCUCUCUCU